AUGGUAUCUUUAUCAUCCGUUAAAAUAAAACCUGCUGCUAGUCGUACUUCUCGUCAUAAAAAGAAGUAUUGGCGAAAAGGAACUGAUAUUACUGCUAUCGAGAAAAAUAUCCAUGAUAAUACCCACAACUCAGUAGCAAAUAUGCCCGAUCGUGACCUGUAUUCAAUUGAUCGUACACCAUCCAACGACGUGAAGAAGUUUACUAAACGUCAGCAAGCUGCUUUAGAUAAAAUAUCAAAGAGUCUAAGUGUGCAAAAGCUGCCUUUGCCCCCUCCAAAAUGCCCCUCACUCAAAAAACAGCCAAAACUCAAGCAGCCUGUGAAGAGAGUGGAGAAAGUGCAAAGAAAACAAGAGGCUCCAGGCUUCGAUCUCUGGGAGAAAGAGUUCGAGCCUAAAGUAGACUUGGAAUACCAAGAGGCAGGUGAACACAUGUUGCUGUUUACCAAAAAGAAGCUUCCUCAUAAACCUGUAACGGCCAGCUUCAAGCCAAGCUUGUUGGAUCAUGUAGCGGUGCCUGAUGCUGGCACAUCUUACAAUCCAAAGGCAGAAGAUUACGAAAAAUACGUUAUGAAAAUUGCUCGAGAGGAAACGGAGUUGAUACGUGAAGAAGAGAAAAUCGAAAAGGGAAGAAAGCCGAAGUAUGAGAGUGUCGUGACACAUAAAUACGUUAUGAAAAUUGCUCAAGAGGAAACGAAGUUGAUACGUGAAGAAGAGAAAAUCGAAAAGGGAAGAAAGCCGAAGUAUGAGAGUGUCGUGACACAUGCUGAGAAAAGUUUGGAGGAAACGGAGGGUUUGGUAAUUGACCCUCGGUACAAUGCUGAAGAUGACGAGAUAAUCAAGAAAGACGAGGAAGAUGGGGAGAUUGAAGAAGCUAUGGAGACAGCAAAGAGUUUUAACAAGGAGUUGGCACGCACAGAGCAAGAAAUAGCAGAGAAUGCCGCCAAGCGAAAGAAAGAGAAGUUCUUAAAAAAGAUGACUACUCGACAAAAAUUAGGAGGCGGAGAGUUCAAGGAUGAAGAAGAACCGUUCUUGUUGAAGGAGGAGUUAUCGGACAGUCUACGUAAGCUGAAGCCGCAGGGUCAUGUACUAAACGAUCGAAUAGCAAGUUUACAGAAGAGGAAUAUGUUACCUAUAGGUGGACCCAAGAAUAAGAAUAAGCUGAAGACAAAAUUGAAGCGCAAGUUUGUCGAGAAACGGUUAGUUAAAGAAGUGACAAAGGGAAGUCGCGUCAUGUGA